AUGCAGGCGAGACAACGGCGCUCACCAAGAAAAUCAGCCAGAAAGGAUGAAGUGAUUAAACAACUUAAAACUCGCGAGGCUCAACUGAUCUGUCAAGUGUCAGCACUGAACAACGAAGUCAAAGAGCUUACAGAAAAGGCUUAUCAUGUUCCUUCUGUUCAGAUCUUGAAAGACGAAUUGGCCAAUCUGAAGGUGAGGUCGAUCAUGCUCCGUGAGCUUGUUGACGCUGUGGUGAAUGCAAAACACGCGACACAGCUGGAAGAGCAGGAUCGCGCAUCAGCGAAAAUUGCCGAAUUAGAAGAGAAGACUAUGAAUUUGUUGGAAACGGUUGCGCGAAGCGAAGAAGCGCGGAGUGAAGCCUAUGACGCCUUUCUGCAAUCAGAAACGGAAAAAGCUACACUUGUCGAGGUGAUC